CAGAACGAGAGCGAGUGAAAUGCCUCAUGCAAAUUAAUGCAAGAUCAAUUAUUUGGCAUGUAGAAUGAGUUGCUUGUUCUAGGGUUUUAGGAUUUGAGCUUUGGAGGUGAUUAAUUGAAAAUGGAUUCACCACACUCUCCACCAGUUUCUGCUAGUCAAUCUAGUCAUCAAACACACAUAUGGGGAGGCUUCGUUAUAGUCAUUCUAUCAGUAGUGAUAGUUGCGUUGUCAUACUUCCUUUGCAGCAGGAAGCUUAUACCAGCUCUAAGGCGCCGGCGAGAAGAAGGGAAGUUGUCACCCAAGAAACAUGCUCUAAAAGGAAGAUUGAAACAGGAGGAGAAGAUAAAUCUGAGGCGAUUCCAUUUGGAGGAACUAGAAAAGGCUACCAACAAUUUCGACAGUGACUGCUUGUUGGGUUCAGGUGCUUUUGCAAAUGUUUACAAGGGGACCUUUGAGGAUUUGGGAACCCUAGCCAUAAAGAGAUCUCAUGCUGAUUCGUUUCAGAGUGUUGAGGAAUUCAGAAACGAAGUGAGGCUACUCUCUAAAGUUAAGCACAGAAACCUUGUUGGACUGGUUGGAUAUUGUGAAGAACCUGGUAUAAAUGCAUAUAUACGAUACAUGGUUAUCAAGUUUACCAUAUAGUUUGAUAAAUAUUUGAUUUCUGUUUAGUAUACUAAUGAGUCUGAAUUGGUUGUGACCUGGUAGGAGCAAGAGGGGGGAAAGUUUUGAUCUAUGAAUAUGUACCCAAUGGUUCUUUGCUAGACUAUAUUAUGGGAAGGAAAUGGAUCAGCUUAAGUUGGAGGCAAAGAGUGAACAUAGCAAUUGGAGCAGCAAAAGGCAUUGCUCAUUUGCAUGAGGGGGUUCAUCCAAGCAUAAUCCACCGUGACAUAAAGCCGAGUAACAUCUUAAUCGGAGAUGGCUUUGAAGCCAAGGUUUCAGAUUUUGGACUUUCAAAAUCAGGUCCUGUUGGAGACGAUUCACAUGUCAGUAGCCAAAUCAAAGGGACUCCAGGGUACCUUGACCCUGCCUAUUGUGCAAGUUUCCACUUAUCCCAGUUUAGUGAUGUGUACAGCUUUGGUAUCAUUCUUCUUCAACUUAUAUCUUCCCGGCCUGCAGUUGACAUGACUGGAAAUCGGCCUAGGAAUCACAUCAUUGACUGGGCAAGGCCUAGCUUAGAGAGAGGUCGUGUUGAGGAGAUUUUAGAUGCUAAUCUUUUAUCAGAACCAUGUGACACAGAGAUGAUGCUAAAGAUGGCAAGACUUGGUUUGAGGUGUGUUGUUAAAGUACCCAAAAACCGUCCUACAAUGUCCCAAGUGUGUCGACAACUUGAAGAAGCCCUCUCUUGUGCAGACAGCAAACAGCAGUUGAGAGAGAGUGGAAGAUCAAAUCGCCGAGCAACAGACCUAGGGUUUAGGAGAUCAAUGGACUAUGAUCAAUCUCUAAACUCUGUGAGCCUAGAUGGCAUUGGAUUCCAGAAGUUUCAUGUAGACUUAGACAGCAUCUCCUUUCAGAGCACAAGCUUAAGGUGCUUAGAGAACAAUAGUAUCGAAAUUGACAUUGAUGAUUUGAGAGAUAAAAGAGAGGAAGUUGGUGCAAAAUAAGACUCAAACAUUAAGUGAAUGUUUCAAUGUAUCUGCUUGUGAGAAAGGUUAAAAUUUACCUGCGCUUGGGUUGUAGGUACAUUGUGUAUUACUAAUGUGAUAUAAGCUAAAUUCUUA